AUGAGGCGUUCAAGCCUUCGCUGGUCUCAGCAGAGCACCGAUGGCGCAAACUCUCCUUCCCCCGUUCCCCCUACGACAACCUCUUCCAAUUUCCGUGGCUCAUCAUAUUUCACGUCAAAGGGAGUAAAGCGGGUAAAGAAAACGAGCGAAGAUUCGCCAAGUGUUUCAUCUCCCUUAUCUUUCUGGAGGAAGACUUCUUCAGACGUCAAAGAGACGCCUAAAGCUGACAUUUCUGAGGACAUCCCCGAAUUAAUAGCAGAGCCAAAGUCAAGAAGACAAGAUGUGCAAGAUUGGAACAUCACGAGACUUUUCGAUCCGAGGCCUGGAGAUCCAAUCAACAAGAUACUGAUGCCAGGCGGCCCAUCUCAUAGCAAUUCAGACUGGAACGUGACAAGAAAUUACAAUACAAGAUCAGCUACUCCACAAUUAUCGAUUGAUCCACCUCGACCUGCGCGUGAAGGUUAUGAAUGGGUGUGGUUUCCAGCAGGGUACUGGGCCGAGCGCCAACUGCCAGCAAUUCUCCUUAGCACCCAGACAAUAUCAGAAGGACGUAAAAGUAGUAAAAGUAAUCUGUUCUCCAGAUAUGCUGAACGCAAGAGCAAUGAUUCCGAAGACUCCACAUCGCCAAGAGGCUCUCGGAGAUUCUGGGGUAGUUUUUCCUCCAAGGUUGCCAAACAGUAUUCAGGGCAAUCGUUCAGGGGCCGCUCCAACAAUGGUUCUGCCAUUUCUUCAAGCAAAAGUGAGAGAUUUAUCAAUGGCUUGCAAUCGUUGUCACCAACUCGUUCUCGCCAUGCUGCUCCCUCGGGCGAGCUCGAAGGGCUGUUUUGUAAGACAAAGCGUAGCCUAACUUCAACACGUCAUCUUGCCGUGCCCUUCAGCAGGAAGAAGAAUUUUAUCGACACAUCAUCUGUUGCGUCUUCACGAGUUACAACAUCUACUACCCAUACUGCUCAAAUUCUCGAAGGCGCUAUUGGUUACUUCGAUGCAUACGAAGAUAAGAACACCGGAGACCCAUCGACUAUCACACCGGCAUCCUCAAAUGCAUCGCCGGGCUCGAAACGCCGAUGGAGAUUUGGAGCAGCUCCGUGGCAUGGGAGGUUAUCAGACAAUUCUAUCUCAGCGUCUAGUUCCUUAUAUGAUGUACUAGUCGGAAGAACACCAAUGGGAACACCAAAAUCCGAACCACGUUAUAUUGGUGCAACAGGGAAAUCAUACCCGAAAGUUGAAAUAUCGGAUCCUAACGCACCUACUUUUCUACCAUCUGAAGCACAACGUAUCGAUACUCCUCUAUGGUCCCCCAAGCGAGACCCACGGCGUGGCUUCCUCUCAAACAUAUUUCCAUACGAAGAGCAAAUGAUACGAGAGAAACACCGCCGUGGUACGGUUAGACCGCGACGCGAUACAACUCGAUCGACCUUGCGCAAAUUGCUGACCCCAACACUAACUCCAAUUAGCCGUCGCGCGUCGUCAGAUUCGCAAAAUGAUUCCGCGGUGAGGAAAUCUUCGACUUUUAGAUCUUCCCCAUCACGACACAUGUCAAAAGCCCAACCAUUUGAGCUCAAUGUUCCAGAUCACUUACCUAAUAGCCCCCUCUGUCCAACGAAUCCUAUGAAUGCGAGCAAAGGCCAGGGAAUAUGCCCAUUGCAUGGCCGUAAAAGAAGCCGGAGUCACUCGCCUAGUAUGAGUCGAAGUCCUAUCGUAUCCCUCCUUGUGGCAUCAAUCGAUUCGAAAAUCAUGUCAGCUUCCGAUCAAGAUCCCUUACUCCUCCUGCGACAAUCGAUAGCAUCAGAAAAUCCUUGUAUACCCACCAUCACAGAAGAUGGUUCUUCAGCAUCCUCGGUAGACCUCAGUUUAGCAACAGCAACCUACUUACAUUUCACCUCACCUCUCCAAGUGUCGAUUCCACUCACGACGCCCACACGUUUCAUUUCCUCUGACAAACCUGUGAAUCUUCGCAGCAUCUACUUCGCGUGGCAGCAACGCGAACUCGCGAUCCCGGAAUACAAUGCUUCUUCAACGGAAUUGAGCGCGCAACUGGCAGCAGAGGGUGGUGUUGGUGGUGAAAUUCAAAAUCUGCCGUUUGUGGAGCGUCUGGAUCUUAUUACGUGGUUGGAGGGUGCGUCGGACGAAUCGCAAUACAUCAAGCCCUUGGCUUCAGAUACAUCAAAUGCGACAGCUUCGGCGCAGGUUGCUUCUGGGGCCGCUGGAGGAAUAGCACCAGUUACGAGUGGUGCUGGAGGAAGACAGGGAAAGCAGAUUGAUCCUAGGCUGGCGGAGAUCUACAAUGGGGAAAGGAGGAUGGGAGAUAGGAAUAGUGUGUUGAGAGGGAUUAAACCUACUGACUUCUCUCAUGUCCGCAAACUCGCAUCGCCAUUUCUCUCACGCAAAUCUUCACACCCUGCCGCACAAAACCUGGCAAACAACCCAUCACUCGCGCACAACCUCAAAGCUCCCGUCCGCCGCCCAGAUCCCAUUAUACUUCUCUCUCCCUCCGCAUCUUCUAUUCUUCGCAUGUCAAAUAUUAAAUCAUUCCUCGAGGGCGGUGCAUUUAUUCCUGAAGAUUCUGCAAGCUCUACAUCCAGCUCGUCGGCUUCGAUUUUGCAUAUUUCGCGCUUUAUACCCUCGAUAGAUCCUGCGCGACCAGUCCGUUUCAUUAUUGUGGAUACACCAGAACAAUUCAAGCCCGAGUAUUGGUCGAGAGUUGUGGCGGUCUUUACAACAGGUCAAAUUUGGCAAUUUAAAAAUUACAAAUGGCCACAGCCGACAGAUUUGUUCAGAAAUACUUUGGGCUUAUUCGUAGGAUUUAGAGGAGAAAGUUUACCGGAUACAGUUAAGGGAUGGGGAAGUGGAGUCUUAGCCUCGCAGGUUGAAAGAUGGGCCCCGCAAGCAGGUACAGCCAGUAGGUGGAGGGAUAAGGAAGUCGUGGAGAAUAUUUGGAAGGCUAUUGAGGGGAACAUGAAGUCGAAGGGUUGGAGGAGGGAUUCUGGUCCUGUUAUCUGA